ACUACAGCAUGCUACUUCAACUUCGACCGCGACAUCAUGUUCCUCAGCUCGCGGUUCACAGCUGCCUGCAACACGGCGGAGACUUUCCGCCUCCGCGAGCUCAGCAGCUUGCUGCCCCUGCGGUUCAUCAAUCGCAUCCGCCGCCUGCUCGUCACGUACUCUGGACUCGACACGUACACGCGCAUCGGCCCCGUCAUGCGGCCCUAUGCUUCCCUCGAGGUCCUGUACAUUGGCAUGGUCGAUUGGUGGAGUAACCGCAUGGUGAAGCGGCUGGUGCGCAAGGGCAACCCCAAGACCGGGUCUGUUGCGCAGAAGAUCGCUGACGUGGUUGCGGAGACUGAGGCUGAGGAGACUGAUGACGACGAAGAGACUGAAGAGCACUUGAGCAAGAGAGUGGCAGUGAGAGAGCGCAGGAGGAUCGUGGAAGUCGAGGUCAGGCUGGAUGAGUAGUUCGCCUUGGCUUAUGGGGUAGUUGUGAACGUGGGUAUGGAGUAG